AUGCUAUCAUCAUCUACUCCUUCAAUUACUAAUAUACCUGUAAUAACACCAUUACAAUUACAACAAAUACAAUUGAAAGCAAAUUUAAUUCAAUCAUCAAUAGACAAUUAUGCAGAUAAACCAUUUUCAACAUAUAGAAAAAAAGCAAUUUACAAACAAAUUGGUUGUGCAGUUGCUUCAGCUAAUUUACCUUUUUCUACAGAUAUAAUUGAGGAUUUGAAUAAUGAUGUUGUAAUUAAAAUUCAGAAUUUUAUAACUAAUUCAUAUUUUAUAACUCUUUCUGGAGAUAGGUGGACUAGUCAAACGUGCGAAAAUGUUUAUAUGGAUUAUAAAGAAGUUAGUAUGGAAAUUGGACUUAAAAAAUGGGCUGGAUUUGUUACAGAUAGUGGUGGAAAUUAUGCUAAAGCUAGAUGA